AUGGAUACUCAAAAGUUGCGUUUUUUCAUGGUGUUGCUAUGCGUCGCAACGACGCCGCUAGUGACCGCAGAAGAUCCUUACCAUUUUUUCGACUGGAAGGUCACGUACGGGACCAUGUCCCCUUUGGGUGUCCCGCAACAAGUCAUCUUGAUCAAUGACAAAUUCCCUGGCCCCGUCAUUAAUUGCACCAGUAACAACAACAUUCUCGUCAACGUCUUCAACAAUCUUGACGAGCCGUUCCUUCUCACGUGGAACGGUAUCCAACACCGCAAGAAUUCCUGGGUGGAUGGCACACCUGGGACCAUGUGUCCCAUCCAGCCGGGAACCAACUUUACCUACAAGUUCCAGGUGAAGGAUCAGAUUGGUACUUACUAUUACUUCCCAACCACCGCCUUGCACCGGGCAGCCGGCGGCAUUGGCGUCCUCCAGGUGCAUAGCCGACCGUUGAUCCCUGUGCCGUUUGAUAAUCCGGCUGAUGAGUUUGCGGUUAUUAUUGGAGAUUGGUUCAAUAAAGGUCACAAGUCUAUGAAGAACAUUCUUGAUGGUGGCAAGUCCAUUGGUCGGGCUGAUGGGGUUCACAUCAAUGGCAAGUCUGCUCAGGUUGGUGCAGCGGCUGAACCAUCAUGGACAUUUGAGGCUGGAAAGACAUAUAGGUUUAGGUUUUGCAAUGCUGGGAUGAGGACGUCCGUGAAUUUCAGGUUCCAGGCACAUGACAUGAGGCUGGUCGAGAUCGAAGGGUCUCACAUCAUGCAAAAUGACUACAUGUCCAUGGACCUUCACGUCGGCCAGUGCUUGUCCGUGUUGGUUGCAGCCGAUCAACCACCCAAAGACUACUACUUGGUCGUGUCGACCAGGUUCACCAAGAAGAUCCAUUCCACGGUUGCCACCAUCCGCUAUGCAGGAAGCAACAUCCCUGCGUCACAGGAGCUUCCACCUCCACCGGUGGAGAACACUCCAGGAAUCGCAUGGUCCAUAAACCAGUUCAGAACGUUCAAAUGGAACUUGACCGCCAGCGCAGCAAGACCCAACCCACAAGGCUCGUACCACUACGGACAGAUCAACAUCACCCGCACCAUCAAGCUGGUCAACAGUAGGAACUACAUUGACGGUAAGCUCAGGUUCGCCUUCAAUGGUGUCUCCCACAUCGAUCGACCGACUCCACUAAAACUCUCCGAGUAUUACGGUUUGGCUGACAAAGAGUUCAAGUACGACACCAUCAAAGAUGAGCCACCACCCGAUGUCGAAAAGAACGUGCAGCUGGCACCUAACGUCUUGAAUGCCACAUAUCGUAACUUCGUGGAGUUCAUAUUCGAGAACCGAGAGAACACCAUUCAGUCGUACCAUCUGGAUGGAUACUCAUUCUUUGCGGUGGCAAUAGAGCCAGGGAAGUGGAGUCCGGAGAAGAGGAAGAACUACAACCUGGAGGACGCAGUGAGUAGACACAAUGUGCCUGUAUUCCCGGGGUGUUGGGCGGCAGUCAUGACCACCUUGGAUAACGCCGGAAUGUGGAGCUUGAGAUCGGAGAUGUGGGAGAGAUUCUACUUGGGUCAGCAGUUGUACGUCAGUGUACUGUCGCCGGAGCGUUCCUUGAGAGAUGAGCAGAGCCUCCCAGAAACCCAACAGCUUUGCGGCAUUGUUAGCAAUUUGCCCAGGCCAGCACCCUACGUUUAG